CAACAUCACAUUUGGGGGUCACCCAGUCGAGCACGUGAAGCUACUACAUCUUCUUUCCCAUUCAUAUAAGACGCAACCUGCGGAUCACCGUUUCCUGCCGCUGCAACCUCAAUCCCAACGCGUCCCACACCGCGACAGUCGACAAACAUGGCUCCGAGCAAUCGUACUGACCGCGUCAAAGCGUUCUUCGGGAUCGAUCCCGACCAGGCUGUUGACGACUCGGCCUUCUAUGCUGACGGCUCCUACGUCGAGGAAGAGCCCACUGUCGCCGAGGCCUUGCUCCAACUCUUCCCCACAAUACCCGGAACCAUCGCGUACCUCAAGGAGUUGUUUCCAUUCCUCGGUUGGAUCUUUCAUUACAAUCUAACAUGGCUGCUGGGUGAUUUCAUCGCCGGCGUCACGGUUGGUUUUGUCGUCGUGCCGCAGGGCAUGGCUUAUGCCCUUCUUGCAAACUUGCCUGCCGAAUUUGGCCUUUACACAUCCUUCGUCGGCUUCAUUCUGUACUGGGCGUUUGCGACCUCCAAGGACAUCACCAUUGGCGCGGUUGCCGUCAUGUCCACCAUUGUUGGGAACAUCGUCAUCAACGUGCAAAGCACUCACCCAAACCUCAGCGCUGAGACCAUCGCCCGAAGCCUUGCCCUAAUCUCCGGCAUCGUCCUCCUGUUCUUGGGUCUUGUCAGGCUGGGCUUCCUUGUCGAGUUCAUCUCAUUGGUCGCUAUCGGAGCUUUCAUGACGGGCUCUGCCAUAAGCAUCGCCUCUGGCCAAGUUCCCGGCCUCUUGGGUAUCUCCGGUGUCAACACGCGCCAGUCGACCUAUCUCGUCAUUAUUGAAACCCUCAAGGGCUUGCCGAGGGCCAAACUAGACGCUGCCAUGGGGCUGUCUGCUUUGUUCGGCCUCUACUUCAUCCGUUGGUUCUGCAACUACAUGGGUCGGAAGCACCCUCGGCGCCAAAAGAUGUGGUUUUUCCUCUCAACCCUGCGCAUGGCUUUCAUCGUCAUCCUCUACAUCCUCGUCAGUUGGCUAGUAAACCGCAACAUUAGCGACGCGUCCGAGGCCAAGUUCAAGAUCCUGGGACGAGUCCCCAGUGGCUUCCAGCACGUUGGUGCCCCUGAACUUAACGUUGAAAUUCUCCAGGCCCUCGGUCCAGACAUUCCGAUGACAAUCUUGGUUCUUUUGAUCGAGCAUAUAUCUAUCUCCAAGUCGUUCGGCCGUGUCAACAAUUACAUCAUCAACCCCUCUCAAGAGCUUGUCGCCAUCGGCUUUACCAAUGUUUUCGGCCCAUUCCUCGGCGGGUAUCCGGCUACCGGGUCGUUCUCACGAACAGCGAUCAAGUCAAAGGCCGGUGUCAGGACUCCUCUCGCCGGUAUUUUCACCGCCAUCAUCGUUCUCUUGGCUCUGUACGCAUUGACAUCCGUCUUCUUCUACAUCCCAUCCGCCGGGCUUUGUGCCAUCAUCAUCCAUGCCGUUGGUGACCUCAUCUCCCCUCCAAGAGAAGUCUACCAGUACUGGCAGACGUCCCCUAUCGAAUUCGUCAUCUUCUUCGCCGGUGUUUUCGUCUCCAUUUUCACUUCUAUUGAGAAUGGUAUCUACGUCACCGUCGCGGCAUCAGCCGCCUUCUUACUCUUACGUGUCGCCAAAAGCCCCGGCAGGUUCCUCGGCAAGGUGAAUGUCCACAGCAUCACACGUGCCAACGUCCGGGGGGAUUCCUCCCCUCAGGAGAGCGGCGGUGAGAGAGGUCACAUUGGCUUCCUUGACCUUGGGCGAAACGACUUAUCCAACCCGGACAUUAACAUCAAAUCUCCUUACCCCGGAGUUUUCGUUUACCGUUUCAGCGAAGGCCUUAACUAUAUCAACUCAGCCCGGCACCUCGAUCACCUGACGAUCUACAUCUUCAAGCACACGCGCCGCAGCCAGCUGGACAAGUACGACAAGAUCGGCGACCGCCCCUGGAACGACCCUGGCCCCCGUCGCGGACAAGCCGCCAACACGGAAGAGAUGGCCGCGCGCCCCACCCUGCGCGCCGUCAUUCUCGACUUUACCGGCGUCAACACCCUCGACGUGACCGCUGCCCAGGCGCUCAUUGACCUCCGCAACCAGUUCGACCGCUACGCCACCCCGGACCGUGUCGAGUGGCACUUUGCGGGCGUCUCCAGCCGCUGGACCAAGCGCGCGCUCGUCGCGAGCGGGUUCGGCGCCGACAGCAGGCGCACUCGUGUCAUUGUUGGUUCCGCCCCUUCGGGUGACGACAAGAGCGAGCUGGAGCCGCUGAUCGGUGCCGCCGAGACUGGUGUUGAUUGGGCGAGAGCCGCUGGGAGCCUGAAGGGAGUUGAGACUCGGUCCAAGGCGAGAGAGGUCGAUAUCGAGGCCGCUGGCGCGGAGAGCGUGGUCUCGCCUGUUCCCUCAUCAAACGUCGGCGGGAGGAGGCUAGUGCCGAUAUACGGGGUGAACAGGCCGUACUUCCACGUCGAUAUUGAGACGGCGGUGGCGAGCACGGUUCAGAGUUUGCAGGGGCGCGGGUCGGAGUGGAGUGGACGGGAAUAGAGGAUGGUCUUGGGAUAACUAGAGGGGUUUUUGGUUCAAUGCCUGGUUUGUUUCUUUUUUGGGAAAUGGGGAACCUUUCUGGUUAGUUAUCAAGUGGUAUCCGAC